ACUACAACGUGGGCGUGCUCAUGGCGUCGCGCCUGGACUCGCCCUUCGACCUGGAGCGCUGCGGGCCCGCCGUCGACCUCGCGCUCCAGGAGAUCAACGACAAGUACCUCGCGCCGCACGGCGUACAGCUCGACAAGGUGCAGGCCAGUUACCCGUCGUGCUCCGGCGAUAUGGCGCCCGGGCUGGCCACGGACAUGCGCUUCUGGGACAACGUGAUGGCCUUCAUCGGGCCAGCGUGCGCCUUCGCACUGGAGCCGGUGGCCAGGCUCGCCGCCUACUGGAACAUCCCCAUCAUCACUGGCAUGGGCGACCAGCCGCCGUCCGAGGGCCAGCUGUCGGUCUCCUCCGGAAUCCUGGGUCGCCUGCACAAAUGGAAGAACGAGUCCUCGGGCAUCUUCCGGGAGAAGACGCAGUACUCGACGCUGACGCGCAUGUCGUACUGCCAGUGCCGGCUCAAGCUGGUGUUCGCCAGCAUCUUCCGCCAGUUCGGCUGGCGCCACGUCGCCCUGCUGCUCGACAGAUCCGACCUCUUCUCGCUCACCGUGGGCAAGAACCUGGAGCUGGGCCUGAAGCAGGAGGGCGUGCUGAAGUUCGUGCGCGAGCUGGACGGCAACGAGGAGCAGGAGGAGGUGCUGGAGCAGUACCUGCGCGACGCCAGCAUGUAUGCGCGAGUGGUCAUCCUGAGCGUGCGGGGAGUGCUGGUGCGGAAGUUCAUGUUGGCGGCGCACGCACUGGGCAUGACCAGAGGCGACUGGGUCUUCCUCGACGUCGAGAUCUUCCAGGGCUCGUACUGGGGCGACCACGACUGGGCGGUGGGCGACGCGCACGACGCGGCCGCCCGGCGCGCCUACGAGGCGCUGCUGCGCGUGUCGCUGCUGCAGCCGACGGCCGGCCCGUUCCGGGAGUUCGCCAACGAGGUGCGCGCCAGGGCGCAGCACGACUACAACUACACCUUCUACGAGGGCGAGGAGGUGAACUUCUUCAUCGGCGCUUUCUACGACGGCGUGCUACUGCUGGGCAUGGCGCUCAACGAGACACUGUCCGAGGGUGGUGACAUCUGGGACGGCCGGGCCAUCACCAGCCGGAUGUGGAACCGCCAGUUCACCGGCAUCACGGGCAGCGUGCGCAUCGACGACAACGGCGACCGCGACGCCGACUACGCGGUGCUCGACCUGGACCCCAUCACGGGCCGCUUCGUGGUGGUGGCGCACUACUACGGCCGCGACCGCCAGUACACCGCCGUCGAGGGGCAGCGCAUCCACUGGCCGGGCGGGCGCGAGGGCCCGCCCGCCGACGUGCCGCUCUGCGGCUUCCUCGGCAACCACCCGGACUGCGCCGACACCGGUGUGUACACGAUGGUGUUUUACGGCGGCACAGCUGCUAUCCUCUUCGUAGCCUUCUCGUGCACUUUCGCCUGCGUCGCUUACAGACACAUGCAAGUGGUGGCUGACCUGAACAACAUGUCCUGGAGGAUCCGUGCUGUUGAUGUUUUACCAGAACCCAGUAGGCCAUUCUCUUCAAGACUAGUACUGCAGCAGAGGAAUGAGGUACAGCGUACUCAGGAGGCAGCCUCAGGCAAACAACUCCUAAACCCACUUCCUUAGCUAUCAAUUCUUGUUUGAGUGUCUCCUCUGUUUUGCCUUAAAUCUGUAAGUUAUUUUGGCACACAUUUAGUAACUAUGGCAUUUCUCAUUGUGCUUCCUGUUGCACAGACUUACCUGCAUAUAAUAACUGUUUACAGGUCAUCAGUAUAUAAUAGCCUGCAAUCCCACAUCCCAAAUCCUAGACAAGAUACCUUUAUUUAUUUACUUUAAGAAUGUCUCUUAGGUCAAUAUAUAGCUUUGUUACAUUUCCAAGAAUUUUUGUAUGAUUAUAUCAAACAUCUGCAGUUUUAUGUUUUAGCAUGUAUAGGCCGCAAACAUAGCUAUAGCCUGCAAUAUUAACUAACUAGGUAACAAAACCCAAUCGCAAAAUUUUUACUGAAAAACUCUAUGUCUCUUUUCUAAAGAAAUGUUCACUCAAUUUUGCAUCACCACAUGCUAUGCAUGUAUGUUAAUGCUUAUAAUAGCGUAGCUUUUAG